AUGACACGCCCCGUUGCCAAGACACGACGCGUGAAGCUCCGGGGCUUCGAACGGAUGCUCACAAUGGUCGAUGGCGUCUCGAUGAAGAUCGUGCACGCGAUGCUCGUGACCGGCAACGUGAGAGCCCUCGAGCACUUUGUGCCGCUUGCGCUCGUGCGCACGUUCAAUCGACACCCCCGCAUGCGCGCUCUUCAGGUCAAGGGCACGAAGCCCCUGGUCGAGAUCCAAGCUCCCCUCGUGCUCGACGACGUGCACGACAAGCAGCUCUUGCGGCUCCGGCGCUUCCCAGCGGCGGACAGCGCUUUCGCGACCGAGUGGCCGCACUAUGCCGAACACGAGUGCAACGUCGGCUUUGACCGGUACUCGCAGCUGCCGUUCUUCUUGACCUUGUGGGUGCAGGACGACACGGAUCAAUGUCGGCUCCUGCUCUUCUCGGACCACUACAUGUCGGACGGACAGUCGGGCAUGACCGUGCUCCACUGCAUCCUCGAGCAAGUGUCGCUCUUGUCGACACACGCCUUCAGUCCGCUGGAAAGUGCGCCCGUUCCGCCCGAGUAUCCCCUUCGUCCGUCGGUCUACGACAUGUGGCUAUCCAAGAGCUUCUUCGUCAAAGGAUCGCUGAAGCUCGUCAUGGCGUCCGUGGGCAAAGCCGUGUACCGCAGCGAGAUGAAGAAGUUCACGCCGCUCUUGCCGCCCCGCAGCGACCAGCACGACUUUGUUGUCCCGCCCGUCACGAACCCCACGUCGGCGUCGUUUGCCGAAGGCAGUGCCACCUGCAUGCACCGGUCGCUCGACACGUGCAAAGCACAGGGCGUUACGUGUGGUGGGGCUAUCGUCGCCGCGGCCCUACUCGCAUUGUACCAUGCAGCAAUGCAGCAACCGCAGCCUCGAUGUCGGCCGGGUGAGCCGUUCAAAGUGGCCGUCGACGUGGACUACAACAUGCGCCACCGCGUGCCCCGUCCUGCCCAAGAGAACCAGGUCGGCGCCUUUGUGGCCUUCACGGACCUCACGCGGUUUGCUGCCAAAGGGAUCGUCGAGAUGGAGACAACGCGGUUCUGGGACCUCGCGCGAAGCGCCAAGCGCGAGAUCGAUGUGAACCUCGAGCACCCUGCGAUGAUGGCGGCGCUGCCCGUGAUGAUGGACCAGAAGCUGCAUGCCCGGGUCAAGCCGUCGCUUGCAAAGGCAGUCAAUAUUCGCUACUCGCAGACGUCGGACGUCAACGUCUCGAACGUGGGCUGCUAUCCGUACACGAAGGAACACCUCAUUGCGUCCACCGCAAGCGAGCAGCCACCGGGUCUCACUGUGAAGAGCGUGCACGUGUACAACCCGAAUCCGCACUUGGGGCCCUCGGUCAUCAUGUUCCUCACGUCGGUCGAGUCGUUUUGCUACGCAAUGGCGCACAAGUGCAGUGACGACGCUGCGAACGCGCUGUUUACGGCAUGGGUUGCCAUCUGCGAACACCUCGGGCAGAUCGGGCCGGACGAGACGCUCACGGAGGUGUUGCAGCACCUCAAGUUGUAA